AUGGCAGGUGGUGGAGCAUUAAACAAUUUAUUUCCAGGAUACAAGGAUAAAAUAUGGCUCAAACUUCCGUACAAUCUUCGAUUAUAUUUAAUUAAAUCGUGGAAUAAUGAGUUCGAGAAGAACAUGUUGAAAGCAAAAACAAAAAAUAACAAAAUAAAGAAUUUGAAUUAUUACAUAUUGGAUCGAUUUAAACCAAAUGAUAAUUACAAAAAUAGACAUACAGAUUACAAAAGACAAAUAUGUAGAGGAACAUUAGUUGAAGGAUGUGAUUUUUUUUUACCUAAUAAAAGAAGUCAAGAUAGAUUAAAAAAUCAUAUAGAACCAUAUACAGAAGAAGAAAAUGAAGAAAGAAAGAAACAUAAAUAUUUAAAUUUAAAAUAUUAUAUAUUGUUUUGUUUAGGUUUUUCAGUUUUGCAUAAUAGCAUGCAAUCAAGACCAGUAGCAUGGUGUAUGGAUUAUGAACCUCCUCACACUCCACAUUAUCCAUUUUGGUUUAAAUCCAUGUUUCAUUCACAUGACAUACCAAGUGUAAGAAGAGGUUUUGAAGUAUACAGACAAAUAUGUGCAACUUGUCAUUCGAUGGAACAAUUGCAAUUUCGAAGUUUAGUUAAUGAAGUAUAUCCAGAAAAUAGAGUAAAACAAAUUGCUGCAUCUUACGAUAUAGAAGAUGGACCAGAUGAUAAAGGAGAGAUGUUUACGAGACCAGGAAUUUUAACUGAUUCUUUUCCCAAGCCAUAUCCAAAUGAAGAAGCAGCAAGAUAUGCAAAUAAUGGUGCAUCUCCACCAGACUUAUCAGUCAUAACAACAGCAAGACAUAAUGGGCCAGAUUAUAUAUUUUCCUUACUCACUUGUUAUCGAGAUCCACCUGAAGGAAUACAUUUAAGACAAGGGUUAUAUUAUAAUACGUAUUUUGCAGGAGGGUCUAUAUCUAUGCCACCACCUCUUCAAGAUGAUAUGAUUGAAUAUGAAGAUGGUACCCCUUGCAACGUUUCUCAAAUGGCAAAAGAUGUUGUAAAUUUUUUAACUUGGGCAGCUGAGCCAACACAUGAUGAAAGAAAAUUAACUGGUCUUAAAUUAGUAAGCGGUGCUUUUGUUGCAAUGGUCUUAAUGACUGUUUGGCAGAGAUUUUUUUGGACCAUCUAUGCUACUAGAAGAAUUGAUUUUGGAAAAAUUAAGUACUUAUGA